UCGUACUCGUUUUCGAAUAAUCUGUUUAUUGAGAUCUGAUAAAACAAUUUUAAUUCAUAGCUAAAAUGCUUCGGCCUUUUUCUGGAUUACUGAAAGUAAUGAACAUGAUAAUCAAUGUUCGGUUCCCGGUCGGCAGGAGGAGGCUGUCGCUUUCCCAUAACAGUAGACAAGCAGGAGGCUGGAAGAACACAGCAAGCCAGCUUGCAUCAGGAAGUGUACAAGUCGGCGUUCCGAGUGUAACCCUUCUUCAGCACUCAGGACUUUUUGCCGCUUUCCUAUAACAGGCACCGGAAAGGACAGGCGGGGUCCUAUCCGACAGGGUCCUUGAGCUGUCACCAUGGUGAUGGGUCAUACACAGGCAGACUGCGAUCUAGCAUCGCUCGGUUAACCAUGUUCACCGAUAUUGGCGGCUGCGAGAAAACGCAGGGUCUCUCGAGCCAAGGAGGAACAACAAGAAAAUUGAAUGCAAAUGCCCCUCCCUGUCUGACAUAUCGGCUACAAGGGAGCAAUUUAAAAUACCAUCUUCCACAGAAACAAUUAUUGCCAAGUGUUGAAAAGAAUGAUGGAUACCUGUCCAACUGGCCUGGAUAUGUGGGUGGAGAGAUUGUUCAACAAAAACAAGCAUUUCAACCAUCAAAUGUCAAUAGAUUCCAUGGAUUUGAUAUUACAAAUGUGAACAAUGCCCCCAAACCUCGAUUCUUGCAACAGCUGGAAACACACCUGAGGAAAGAACUCCAAGUCUUGGACCUAAGUGGGCCCAACGCUCAGGAAGUAACUCUACAAGCUUAUCGUGAGGUUUUUGAAUAUUUCAUCGAGGAUUUAAAAACCUACAAACCAUUGCUUUCAGCCAUAAAGAAUGAAUAUGAAAUUACCAUAGCUCAUCUGCGAAACCGAAUCCGUGAGUUGGAGCCUUUGAAAAGCUUGCUGGUUGCCACAUCAGAGACCUGCGAACAGAGGAUUAUUGCUCUACAAGAAGAGGAAAGAUUUGAAGUUCAAUCACUAAAGAGUGAAAAAAUAGAGUUACUGGACAAAAUUGAUUAUUUACUGAGGGUGCAAGAUUCCCUAGUGACUCAGGUCAGAAAACUUCAGGAAGAAUUGGCAGCUGAAUAUGAACGGUAUCGAGAGCAACGUGAUGCACGUAAACUUCUGAUUUCAGAUAUGAAUAAUCUCCGUUAUCAGCAAGAAAAGUCAAAAGAUUCUCAUACAGAAGAAGCUGAAGCAGUUGAGGACACAGUAAAGCUGAAGCUGGCUCUAAAGGUGGCUCGUGAAGACCUCAAGGCACUGCAAGUGGAGCUAAAUGCAAUGAAGGCAGAGUAUGGGGAUGUGAUUCCCAGAAGGGAUUUUGAGGCUUUGGAUAAGAACUAUAAUGAGCUGAGUGAAAAGAAUGAAAGCCUCCAGAAGCAAUAUUUUCAGAUGAAACAGGAGUAUACCACUCUGUUAGAAAUUAACAAGCAUAUCACUCUUGAACGAGACAAGCUGAGUGCAGAAGUUGAAGUAUUCAAAACUGAAAUGGCAGGUGGCCUCUCGUUAAGUCAGUUGGAAAAUAGUCCAAUUGAAGCUGAUGAAGACUACUUUGAGGGACUGGGUACUGGAGAAGAUGUUAUUGCAUAUCUGCGUCAUGAUGGUCUAAUCAAGAAUGUGAAUUUAGCCAAGGAAAGCAUAACCAAAGUUCUUAAAGAAGUCUGGAAAGAAAAGAUGGCAGCAGAUCUCCAGAGUGGGACAAGGUCCAGCCUUCCUGAGUUUUUCCAUAACUUCCUCCAGAAGAAGUAUGGAGACUCUGCCUUGCUAUGGGCCUACAACAUUUAUUAUGGCUGCAGGAACCAUCAGAAAGAUGAAUUCAUCAGUUUGUUUUUCAGUAUUCUCAAUGGAAUUGUAGAUGAAAGUGUAUAUCAUGGGCAGAUUGAACAUAUUGCACAUGUACUGGAACAACUGAAUCAUUCUGACACCUCCAGAAAGGGAAUUCUUUCUAAACAGGAAUUCAGUCAAACUUUGAAGACAGCCCUCCCUAAUAAGAAUGAAAAGUACAUACAAGAACUAAUUGUUGCUGCAACGACCCAACUUGGAGAUGAGAAAAAAAUUAAAUAUAAUACCUUAUUUGAAGAGAAUGCAGAAGGCGCAGCAGGAGCUUUUAUUGCAUUGCUGCAAAGUCAAUAUACAGCAGAGAAAACUAUAUACCUCGAUGAACUAAGAAAAGCAUUGGAAGAUAAAGAGGAGCUGACAGAAGUUGACCUAAAAAAGGCUUUUCAAACUAUCGAUCCAUCGAUAGAUCCACAGACUUUGGCCACAUAUUUAGCUCAAGGUUUCCAAACAACAAAGGAACAACUUGAUCAAGCUACUGCUGUGGAUACUGACACUGUUUUAGAUCGAUUACAAGCAAGUGACAUAAAGAGAGUAGGACCACGGAAGUAGUCAAAAAGUAUAUUUCAAUAUUUGUAAAGAGUUCUGAUAAGUGCCACUUUACAUAUGUUAAUAUUUUUAAAAGUAAACUACAUUAUGGGUGUGUUUGAAUGGAGUCUAAUUUUUAAAAAUUAAAUAACAUAGUACUGUCUUCUUGUUCUUUUUGGAAAUCUACAGCUAAAGUCUAUUUGUAUGGUUAUUAAUAGAAAAGUGCUAAAAUUGAUAUGAACAUCUUUUUAAGUGUAUUAGUACGUACUUUUUAAAAACAUUAAUUCAUGGUAUGUGGGCUUCUCAUGCUGGGCUAGCAUUUAUUCCCCAUCCCUAAUUGCCCAUGUUGUGGUGGUGAACUGCAUUAAUACUCCUACAAUACUGGUCAUACAGUACUUUAAUAAAACUUAUUUUUAAAAGCUUGCAUCUAAAGGAGAUGCUGAAUGAGUUGUUAACACAAGUUUGGUAGUUUCUAUAAUAUAAUGAAUGCAAAUACUGUAAGACAAGCAGCUCCAAUAUUACAAAAAAUUGACUCAUCAGAGACUUCUCUUUUGAGGUUACUAUCAUUUUAUUGAAUCUCAAGACAGCAACUUACACGUCUCUGAGUAUUGCAACUGUCUACUAACUUAUCUAAGUGACCAUUUUUCAUGAAUAAGUCUUGACGGUCAAGAUAAGCAGGUUGCUAAAUUAUGGCAUAAAAAUGUUUGUUGAUGUUUUGACUGACCUCAUUCAUGAUGAUAUUCCCUUUCCCAGUUCAGAAUUUGUACUUCCACUGAAUAAAAUGGGUCAACUCAGCAACAUCAAAAACUGCUGUCUGAUUGAUUUAUAAUACCAUAUACUGUAAUUUUCAAUGCUACAAUGAACAGGUCUCAGAUUUGUCUCAAACUGAAAAAGUAGCACAAAGCCCUUGUUAAAUCUCAAGAGAACAGAACACAAAAACCCUGCUCUGCAAAUGCUCUCUCUCAUUUACAACAAAUUCAAAUCAAUCAGCUAGAUUUCAAAUUUGUAAGGA